GCCGCCCCCUCCCGGCGGCGGCGGCGGCGGCGGCGGCAGGAGCGGGUCGUCGGCUGGGCGCGGGCGCGGGAUGCGGGGCGGGCGGCGGGUGCGGGCGCUGCUGGCGCUGUGCGGCGUGGUCGCUGCCUGCCGGGCGGCGGCGGCGGAGCCGGCGGGCGGCGCCAGCCGGCGGCGGCGGGUGAGCGCCGAGGAGGGCAUCUCCUUCGAGUACCACCGCUACGCGGAGCUGCGGGAGGCGCUGGUGGCCGUGUGGCUGCAGUGCCCCGCCAUCAGCCGCAUCUACACCGUGGGGCGCAGCGCCGAGGGCCGCGAGCUGCUGGUCAUCGAGGUCUCCGACCGCCCCGGCGAGCACGAGCCCGGGGAGCCAGAAUUUAAAUAUGUUGGGAAUAUGCAUGGGAAUGAAGCUGUUGGAAGGGAAUUGCUCAUCUUCUUGGCUCAGUACCUGUGUAAUGAAUACCAGAAAGGAAACGAAACUAUUAUCAACUUGAUCCACAGCACACGUAUUCACAUCAUGCCAUCUUUGAAUCCAGACGGCUUUGAGAAGGCAGCAUCCCAGCCCGGUGAACUUAAAGACUGGUUUGUUGGUCGGAGUAAUGCCCAAGGAAUAGAUCUAAACCGAAAUUUUCCUGACCUUGAUAGAAUAGUCUAUGUUAAUGAGAAAGAAGGUGGCCCAAACAAUCACCUGCUGAAAAACAUGAAAAAAGCUGUAGACCAGAAUCCUAAGCUUGCUCCUGAAACAAAAGGUGUGAUUCACUGGAUUAUGGAUAUUCCCUUCGUGCUCUCUGCCAAUCUUCACGGAGGAGACCUCGUUGCAAACUAUCCUUACGAUGAGACUCGGAGUGGCAGUGCUCACGAAUACAGCUCCUGCCCUGAUGAUGCCAUUUUUCAAAGCCUGGCUCGCAGUUACUCUUCUUUUAACCCCGCUAUGUCUGACGCGAACAGGCCACCGUGCCGUAAAAAUGAUGAUGACAGCAGCUUUGUGGAUGGAACAACAAAUGGUGGUGCGUGGUACAGUGUCCCAGGAGGAAUGCAGGAUUUCAAUUACCUCAGCAGCAAUUGCUUUGAAAUCACAGUGGAGCUUAGCUGUGAAAAGUUUCCACCUGAAGAAACUCUGAAGGGCUACUGGGAAGACAACAAGAACUCUCUUAUCAAUUACAUUGAGCAGAUUCAUCGAGGGGUGAAGGGGUUUGUUAAAGAUCUUCAGGGCAAUCCAAUAGCAAAUGCUACCAUCUCUGUUGAGGGAAUAAGCCAUGAUAUUACAUCAGCCAAGGAUGGUGAUUACUGGAGGUUGCUCGUGCCUGGAAAUUACAAACUUACAGCUUCAGCACCGGGUUACCUAGCAAUAACUAAGAAAGUAGCUGUUCCCUUUAGCCCUGCGGUUGUGGUUGAUUUUGAACUGGAGUCAUUGUCUGAAAGAAAAGAAGAGGAGAAAGAAGAGUUGAUGGAAUGGUGGAAGAUGAUGUCAGAAACACUAAAUUUUUAAAUGAAGCUUUUGGCUCUACAGCUUUUAAUCUAUUAUAUGUUGACUUAGUAUAAUGUACUGUGGAAAGUCCCUAUAUUUUAGGUAUUGUGCACUUCACAAUAAUUAACUUUGAUUUUUUUUCAGACAUCUUUUGAUUAGUAUGAUUAAAAGUAACUAUUAGACUCCUAGCUAGAUAAAUAAGUUAUUAAUUUUCUUUCAUAUUGUUACAGUAAAUUUACUCUUAUAUACAAUGCAGAAAAAAUGAGUGAAUGUCUCUGCAACCUAUAUGGAAGUAUGAUCUCUUGUGUAUUAUUUACAAGUUCAGAAUGUGUAGGUUAACUCUUGAUUUCAAAAAAGAAAUAUGCUGUAGUCAGUUCCCAAUACCGCCAGAAAUAUUUGACAGUGCAUAGUAGUAGACAGUGCUCCUUACUGAAUUAUGUAAUGAAUGUUAUUGAAAAGAUUUAUAAUAACAGUGUGGUGGUGUAAUAAUGUUUUACAAGGAUUAAAAUUCAGUAUAACAUUUUGUAUGUCUCUGGUGUUGGGGCUAUUUAAAUAUGUAGGAAACAUAAGCUUCUGACUUCAUGUUAGUAAGUGGAAAGAAUCUGCAUAAGCUCUUUCAUUAAAGAUGGCAUGAAAUGGAUCGGGGGAAUAACAGACCUUUAUUCCUUAAUCUGCUAAUGACACUUCAAGGCUACAUUUUAGUUAUUUUUCAUUACUUAUCAACCAAAUUAAAAAUUCUGAAUGGAUGAAGAAGAAAAUCUCGUGCAUUUUGUUAAUAUGCUGCUUGUGUUCAUGUUUUACAGCAAGAAAAAAAUAAUUGUUUCAGGUGAUAUCUGUUCUAAUUAUCUAACUACUUGUUCAACAAUCUUUAAAUGCAUUAGUGUUGUCUAGAUAAGCAGCUGAAAAUUCAUAUGUUCACUGAAAGCUACCAAAACUUCACGGUUUAGAAAAUGAACUGGAAACAUGCUGAGGACAGACAUUUAGUCUCACAAGGCAAGAAUGGUUUUGUUUUCAACUCCGUUUCUUCUGGUUAGUUCUAUCUAAAACUAGAGGCAAGAUAGAUAAGUGGAAAUUUCACCAGUAUGGGGAAAUUUUACCAAAGUGUUGGAAGCUAAAAAGAUAAGCAAUUUUGAUUGAGAAAGAUCUUUCAGACUCCCUUUUUUAGUAUUUUUGAAUUAACUUUCUGUAGUAUUUUGCCUAACACAAGUGAAAUUUGCAGGAAUCAAAGAAUAAACAUGAGCCAUCAAAUCUUUAGUGGGCGCAAGUUUGGCAUAGUUCUUUUGAAAUCACUGCAGGUAUGCUACUUUAUAGCAGCUAAGCAUAUGUUUGGAAGCUUAGACAUUAUUGCUGCUCUAUUUUAAUUCAAGAUCAGCUGUUUGAUACUAACAGUGCUACUAAAGAAACAGAGGGAGGAUAUCUGUGUUUUAAUUGGCAUAUGAUUUUAGUUAAUGUUGUAGGAAUUUAGUAGCAUUCUGAACCAACAAACGAUGCACUAUCAUGCUCACACCUUAAGUGAAAAAUCAUAUGUUUACGAGUAGGAUCCAAAUUUACCUCCUUUGGGUAUUUAAAAAUCUACUGAAAAUACUGUUUUUUUGAGAAUUUGGAAUUCUUCAGUAAAAAUAGAACUUGACCUUUUAAAGUAAAAGGCUCGAGGUUUAAUGCGUGUUGGUAAAUUGAAUAACAAUAAGAUGGAAUAAUCUUUCUCUUGGCUGAUCAAGAAUUUACUAUUUGACAUGUAGAUGAGUAUCUAAGGAGUAGAUACUGAAUUCCAAACUUUAGGGGAACUUCACUUGCUGUAAGUCAUUAUACAUUGUUGACCUUUGAAUCUCCAUCCUGAUGAAGAACGCCUGUGGCAAACAGAGAAUCAUAUCUAUACAUAUGUCUUGAUAAUAACUUGUGAGUGGCUAUGGACAAGAAUGUACACAGAUAUAGGAUGCCCAGUUAUACCCGCUCAGUAGUUUGCUACAUGGCAACUCAAAAGAGUAAGGUACAAAACAGGCUCUGUAUGCCUGGAAGUAACAAUACUAUUUUCAACUGAACUAGAUAAAAUCAAAACAAAUAGUAUAAAAAUUAACCAAAAAAAGAGACUGCUGGCAUGUGGGAAAAUGGCUACAGGAGAGUUUCUGACCUGUAAAUUGGUGUAAUAAGGCAAGUGUAUAUUUGUACAGAUCACCCUGCUCUGCAGACUUCCAAACCUUACAAUUUCAGUCCAAACAAUAUUAUUACAUGGUGCAACUCUUGUCACGCAUCCACCACCUGUGUGGUGGAUUCUCUGGCAUAGUUAGUGCAUCAAACUGAUCCCACAACAGAUUUCUAAUCCUUACUUAUAUUACAUAUAUAAGAUCCUCUAGCCUACUAUUUCAUGCAUUAGCGCUUAAAUGUAGUGCCUCAUAAAUGAUUUCUUUGUUUUAGUUUGGAAAACACUAUUAGCUUGUUCUUAGUGCGGUUAGACAGGUUACCGUAAUUAGAUAUUACAACACCAGAACCACUGCCACUGUUCUCGCUGUAGGUAAACAUUUUUAAGAACAGCGUAGCCAGGACUCUCAAUAAAUAAUUCAUUAUAUAGCUUUUCUAGCUGACUUGAACUGUGUUGUAGGACUGUG